CGUACUCGAUAGUCGGUACUUACAGUUGAACUCUGAGCGUAGUGUUAUACGUUAUUAUUUUAUUUAUAUUUUUUUGUUAUUGUAAAUGUGUAACGCAUGAAAUUACCGAAUGAUAAUAAUAAAAUGUAAAGAAAAUUCAUUCAAUAUUCAAGUAUUCAACUGACAAUUAUGGACGAGUUGGACGACGCAGAUUUGAAAGACGAAUAUGAUACUGAUGAUCAGGAAGAGGACUCGGACGCGGAGUAUGACAAUCCGCCAUCGUCCAAGACCGAAGUAGACGAUAAUUGCUGUUCAAAUAAAUGCCUGUUGAGGUUUGAUGACGAGUUCAAGACACGUCUUAAGUCUGAUCUAUCACAGCUUCAAAGAUUUGAAAAGCACAUCUAUUUGUUCGCAAUGAUUUCCAUUGACAGAAAUAAGAUAAACGCCACAAAAAUUGUUAAGUCUUCAAAAUAUUUUCAGUAUGCUGUCAAGCAUUAUGGAGUUACUCAAUCUGUGUGUAAAAGUGCGUUUGUUAUCCUGCAUGAUACUACUCCAUCGCUUGUACGAACAUUGUGUACGAAGAUGACCAUUGGUCAUAUAAUACCUACAGACAAUCGUGGGAAACAUAGUAAUCGAAUGACCAUACCUGACGAAACAAAAGAUGCGAUAAAAGAGCAUUUCUUUAGCAUCUUGAAGUCACCUAAUAUAUUCAAAUGUGCUAAAAAAAAUCUAGGCCAACCCAAUAUCUCUCAGUUGUGGAUUAGUUUUAAACAGAAACAUGGUCAUAUAUCCCGUUCAACAUACACAAAAUACAUACAAUCAUUUUUAACACCAGAAGUUGUAUCAAAUUUUAUGUGUGCAAACCAAGCAAAACAAAUUUUACAGUACAUAAAUAAAAAUAAAUGAUGUCAAGGAUAAACUUAUUAUUUA